CCACUCUUCCUCCCAUCAGCACGGACAAGCAUCCGCUUCAGUGAGACAGUUCAAGAAAUCAACUCCUUUUUUCAGUACCACAACUUCGCAAGUCCAUUAUCACUACACACAAGGAUUCAGUAUCCUUGCCAGCAGCCAAGCAAGGACAAGGAGGAGGAGAAGAGAUGGCUGCUCCGGCGAAGGCUUCGUGGAUGGUGGCCAUGAGCGUGGGCGCGGUGGAGGCGCUCAAGGACCAAGCCGGGCUCUGCCGCUGGAACUACGCACUCGGGUCCAUCCACCGAGCUGCCAAGGCCAACGUCCGCGGUGGUGUCUCGCAGGGCACCAAGCAUCUUCCGGUCUCCGCGCCGACGGUGACGGAGAAGGCCGAGGAGGGGCUGAGGACGGUGAUGUACCUCAGCUGCUGGGGCCCAAAUUAGGAGUAGUAGUAUCUUAGGGGUGUUGUGUUCGUUGCAGCUUGUGCGUAUGUGACAACCCGAUGAUCGAUUGUAAAUACAGCACGAUGAUGAUGAUGAAAAUUUCGGCUAUGAGUUUAUAUCA